CUACACGUCAAUUAAGAAAUUCCGAUAAUAACUACUCUGCUCCACUGUGCUUUUGCGCUCGAAUGAUGCUCAAAAAAUGAAACAAGAACGAUCUUCUUCAAUUGGUCGUAUCGAAAUCCUAUUCGUAUGGUGUCCAUUCGAUGAAAUUAGGAUCCAGAGUAACAGUACUCUGUAAAAAUUUCGACUCUGUGAACUCGUAUUAUCCGGCAUUGCGAAGUAGAAAGAAGCCCUAGAAUUCAAGGGAAGUCUGAUAUGGAUGCCAAGGAUAUCUUGGGCUUGCCCAAAAAUACGCCUCAUAUACCCCAAGAGAAGAAACCUAGGGCUCAGAAAGAUGCCCAGAGAAAGCGAGAUGGAAUUUCCCGCGAGGUUUAUGCGCUUACUGGUGGUCUGGCUCCUAUUAUGCCGGCAAUCGAUACAUCUGAGCUGAAGAAACGACCUCCAUCAGAUGAAAAGAUUACGUGGCAGUGGCUUCCUUUUGCAAAUUCUGCUAGAAAAGAUAACUUGCAGCUUUACCAUUGGGUUAGAGUUGUAAAUGGCAUUCCACCAACAGGUGAUUAUUCCUUUGCAAAGUACAACAAGUCUGUUGAAAUUGUCAAAUACACGGAUGAGGAUUACGAAAAGUAUUUGAAUGAACCUUCAUGGACAAAGGAGGAGACGGAUCAAUUAUUUGACUUGUGUGAACGGUUUGAUCUUCGCUUCGUUGUGAUAGCUGACAGGUUUCCAUCAACAAGGACAGUGGAGGAACUAAAGGAGCGAUAUUAUCGUGCAUCAAGAGCAAUUUUGGCAGCUAAAGAACCAACGCCUCGGGAAAGUUCAGGGAAUACUCUCGCCAAGGAUCCUUACAGUGUCUCACAAGAGAUUGAGCGCCAACGGGCAUUGUCCAUGGUUCUCUCCCAAACGAAACAGCAAGAACGAAAAGAUGCAGAGGUUCUAGCUGAAGCAAAAAAGAUAACUGAAUCUCGCAGAGAUGAAAGAGUGCCUGAAAAAUCUGAGCUGCCUGUCACUUCAAAUGCUGUCCCUGGAGCUACUGAAAGGGCUGUCGUUCCUGGAGAUUCUUUACCAUCUGUAUCCAAUGUGCAGCCCCCUCCUCCAGCAGCUGCACCUUCAACUUUAGUGGCGGAUAAUGCUUCUACUCUUGCUUCUCUUCGCAUGCUUCCUGUAUACUUGAGAACGUAUGCACUUGAGCAAAUGGUCCAAGCUGCAAGUUCAUCUGCUGGGCUUCGGACUAUCAAGCGAGUUGAACAAACAUUACAAGAUCUUUCGGUUAAUCUAAAGCCGAGGGUUCCAACAAAAUCAGUGUGUGCAGAACAUCUUGAAUUGAGGAAAGAAAUAUUGACUCUACUGAAUCUUCAAAAGCAGUUGCAAAAUAAGGAGGCAGAAGGUUCAUCUUUCCGUGAGGGUCCCUACAACGAGGCACCUGGCACACCCAAGGAUCGUAGUUUUAUUCCUGAUUCUAUGAGUUCUGGAGGGGAAAGGUCUGGCAAACGGGAUCAGAAACGUAAGGCAACUGGGAGAUUAUCUGAAGCUCCAUCACCACCAGCUCAAACUAAAAGGCCAAGAAAACAGAAAGGAUCUGAUCUGUGAUUCUCCAGGCGUGUAAGAAAUUUAUGGUUGUAUCUCUAGAUUGUAUGCGCCUAACCACCCUUUUUUAAUAGAAAGAAAAAUGAAAAGAACACAAGUCCAUGAAGUGGAACCUCCUUUUGUCCUUGUUUCUAUUGAAUCAUUGAUGGUAGGUUUAACAUAUGUAAAUCUAUGAUGGCUGCAUAUGGUUUCAUCAUCUUACGAUAUCAAUUACAAUUGUAUGCAUCUAAAAGGCUCGAGCUCGAGCAGGUCACUUUCGCUGGAAGGCACAUCUUCAUCACAAAGCCAAAGCUCUGGUUUUGUAGGUCUAUUAGCUAGACUUGUCUUUCUUCAGAAAUGAGGAAAAAUUACUUUCUUUUUUAUGGUGCAUUUUUGUGUUUUUUACAAUUACUUCCUUCACAUAAGCACAUUGAGAUCUCUACAUUCCUAUUCUGAAAAGAUGAGCACCAGCAACAUUUCAUAAAUGCAGCAGCUAUACAUAAUUCCCUUGCUUCAAUAACUUGGGAAAGGGAGAGUUUAUAUUAUCUGGGGUUCUUUCUUGAAUAGCUGCUUUAAUUCCUGUGCCGAUUAGAUUCAAGGCCCUCAUACUUCAAGAGCCAGUCAGCCACUGAUGAUCAAUAUUUUACUUCCACGCUCUUGCUGUAGUUCCUUAUGGCGAGCCUCAACAUGCCAAGGUGACUAUUUAUUGCCUCUGUUUAUGCAACAUUCAGCAUUAAUACUAAAUGCCCGACUCAUUGCAGAUAACUCACCUUGAAUGUCGUCUCAUUUGGUUCUUCAUCAUAUGCUUGGCGUAUUUCCUUCACGAAAUCUCCGAACCUUUCCUUCCAUCCCCGUUCAAUUUCCAUCUUCAGGGUGCUUUUUGAACUGGGGCAGCUAUCGCUUGCGCCUGAAGA